UUUAACCACACCCACAGACGCAUUUCUCAACACAGCGCUUCUCUACCUGUCGAGUGGAGGCUAAUCCAUGCGUUAAAGGACUAAAACGACAUAAAAGUGACAAAAGAGCUGCUGGAGAUAUGUGUAAUCACGCGUGUUUCAACUAAUAAUGGACUAACACUUCUUUUGGUCUGAGGAUAAACUACUACCAGCAAGAGAAGAAUUCCAUAGAAGACUUAUCUGACUGCCAGCCAAGGAUAUGGACUGGAAGACCUUCCAAGCCCUCCUCAGUGGGGUGAACAAAUACUCCACGGCGUUUGGGCGGGUAUGGUUGUCUGUGGUGUUUGUCUUCCGGGUUAUGGUGUACGUGGUGGCGGCAGAGAGAGUGUGGGGCGACGAGCAGAAGGACUUUGACUGCAACACCAAGCAGCCCGGCUGCGCCAACGUCUGCUACGACCACUUCUUUCCCAUCUCCCACAUCCGCCUGUGGGCUCUGCAGCUCAUCUUUGUCACGUGCCCGUCUUUCAUGGUGGUCAUGCACGUGGCGUACCGUGACGACCGUGAGCGCAAAUACAGGGCGAAGCACGGUGACAGCAGCAAACUGUACAACAACACGGGCAAGAAACAUGGCGGCUUGUGGUGGACCUAUCUGAUUAGCCUCUUUGUGAAAACGGGCAUUGAGGUCUCCUUCCUCUACAUUCUCCACCAUGUCUACGAAAGCUUCUACCUGCCUAGACUAGUGAAGUGUGAUGUGUCGCCAUGCCCCAACCUAGUGGACUGCUACAUUGGCCACCCCACAGAGAAGAAGGUCUUCACCUACUUCAUGGUCGGAGCGUCGGCCCUCUGCAUCAUCCUGAACAUCUGCGAGAUCAUCUAUCUCAUCUCCAAACGCAUUGUGAGAAUUGCAAACAAGGUGAAGAGGCGCCAUCGCAACGUGGCCGUGCAUCAGGACAACUACAACGAUGACCCCUUUAACAACUGCAACGUGCCUGUGUCGAAGCUGAACCCGAAGGAAAGGCCUCCGUCUUUCAAGACUGCCUACAAGUCUUCGUACAGGCCAUCAGGACUCAAACUUGAAGAGAAGAUACGGGCCUCUGCUCCGAAUCUGUCCACGACUUCGUGAUUGAAAACGAAGCCGAAAUCAGGAUAAAGAUCAAGAGAUCUGCAGUGCUUGGGCUAGAGCCCGAUGACAGACCUCAGAAAACAGACUCAGAACUAUGAGACAAACUACAGUAUGUGUCAAACCCUGGAAGUUGAGUCAUCAGUACUGGAUUCUUCCUGUGGGCCCUUGUGUCUACAUCUAAGACUCUUUUUGAGCGCAUGAACUUUGGUUUCCAAGACAACAUCCACAAUAUUUACAAGUCAGCUAGAGCCAAAUUGAUUUGUUAAUGAUAUGUGGGUUUCUUCUUUAAAUACAAUAAAGGUCUGUGUGCCUUUCACCCCUUCCACUGUAUUAGAACAUUCCAGUGAGGUUUCGCUGUGUUUCUUGUGAUGGAAGUUUUGACAUGGGAGGGGAAGGAAAUGAAACACUGCACACAAGAAGGCAGGACACACCUGGAAGAGGUAUUCACCCUCCCUGCCAGUGUCUACAGUGGUGUGUCAGGGCGUUGUAUUGUCACUAAAUGUUAGAUGCGAAUUUCAGUGGUCUCUUUUAUUUAACUGAACUGAAAUUAUAGCUUCAUCUUCACAAUUUGCUGUCCUGAUGACCCUAAGUCAAGAAUGGUAUAAACAAUUCUGCACGGUAGUGUGGACACUCCAGAGUCAUAGAGUUAUGGCUGAGUAAUACUUGAAGGUUUGCAUACUGGGCAAAAAAAGAUAUUUUUAAACACAUUUAUUUUUUCAGUUAUGAUUUAUUACAGCAACAACAUACAUAUAUCAUUGCUAUAUGUCUUUAUCUAAAGCCCUGGUCGGCAUAUGCUUGGUUUCAGGUUUAUGCUGCACAGCCACACGUUGUACAUAGACUGCCUGUGUUUUGACGUGCUUGUACACAAACUUGCCUUAUCCAGACCACUGUUGAUUUAAAUAAGGCGAAAGGAAUGCUGCUGUUGAAUUCUGUGUUGUCGGAGCUGGAGCACCGUUGAAGAGGUGGGAGAAAGGUUGGACAAACACAUGGCUCAUCAAGUUUUCCCUAAUCGUCCACUGUGGACGUCAGGUGGAAAUGUGCUGUCUGCACUAGCUCUUUAAGUGUCAUAUGUUUUUUUUUAUAAAUUUAAAUGUAUUAAAUUUUUUUGAAUGAA